AAAGAUUUUCCCGACUCCCAUCUCUCUCUCUCUCUCUCUCUCUCUCUCUUCAAAUGGCCUCCUCAGGUGGGAGUCUGAACACUUCAGAUACUUCUUCUCAUAAUAAUCACAACUUUUCAUUCUCAACUCAGUUCAUGCCUACUUCUUUUACUGAUCUUCUUUCUAACAAUGAUCAUCAUCAUCAUCACAUGCAUGCCCAAUACCAACAACAAGACAGAUCUAGAACUGGCUUUGACAAUCAAAAGUUCAAGUCUUCAUCAUCAUCAUCAUUUCCACCACCACCCCCCUCCUCAUCACCUCUCUCUCCUCCUCCUCUCUCUCCUUCUUCCUAUCUCACCAUCCCACCUGGUAUAAGCCCAACUGGCUUGUUCAUGGACUCACCUGCUUUCCUUUCUUCUUCUAAUUUUUUUCAAUCUCCAACUACUGGGAGCUUUGGUGGUAUGGAAUUCAAGGGGGAGAGAAACUUUUCUGAUUUUUCUUUUCAACUACCCCAAACAAGGCCUCCUACAACUUCAUCAUCCAUGUUUCAAACUUCUUCAAAUGCAAUUCCAUCGGAAGAAUCGUACAAAAGAAAACAUCAGGAUUGGAAUAUGAACACACCAUCAGAGCAAGCUCAAUUCUCAGCAGAAAAAGGCAGAGAAAAAUCUGAAUUUGCACCAGUUCAGGGCUUCCCCUCAUCAGAAACCUCCACAACCCAAACAAACAUUCACAGCAACACCGCUCCGCCAUCAAGCCAUAUUCAACCAUCCCAGUAUUUGAGAGAGCAGAGAAGAUCCGACGACGGAUACAACUGGCGAAAAUACGGGCAAAAACAAGUGAAAGGAAGCGAAAAUCCGCGUAGUUAUUACAAAUGUACUCAUCCUAAUUGUCCAACAAAGAAAAAAGUUGAGAGAACAUUGGAUGGACAUAUAACUGAAAUCGUAUACAAGGGAAGUCACAACCAUGCCAAACCUCAAUCUAGCAGGAGAUCAUCAUCUUCGCACUUGAUUCAACCUUCUUCGAGCAACAACAUGGAUACUUCAAACCAAUCAAACGCAUUAUCAGGAAACGCUCAAAUGGAUUCUGUGGCAACCCCGGAGAAUUCCUCUGUUUCGUUUGGUGAGGAUGACUUUAAUCAAGGCUCUUCGAUGAGCAAAUCAGAUGAUGACAAUGAAAAUGAGCAUGAAGCCAAAAGAUGGAAAGGAGAGAAUGAAAAUGAGGUUAUAUCAGCUUGUGGGAAUAGAACCGUUCGCGAACCUAGAAUCGUAGUUCAAACAACGAGUGACAUUGAUAUUCUUGAUGAUGGGUAUCGAUGGAGGAAAUACGGACAGAAAGUAGUCAAGGGCAAUCCUAAUCCUAGGAGCUAUUACAAAUGCACAUAUGUAGGUUGUCCGGUGAGGAAGCACGUGGAGCGAGCAUCGCAUGAUAUACGGGCUGUGAUCACCACUUACGAAGGGAAGCACAACCACGACGUUCCUGCAGCGCGCGGUAGUGCCGGUUACGCUGCAAAUAGAGCUGUUUCCAACAAUGGAAACAGCAAUGUGCCAAUGGCUAUAAGGCCUACGGCCAUGACCAAUAAUCCGAACUACAUGACAACUAACCUUAACAAUGCAAGGUUACCAGAAACCAAAAGUCAAGCACCAUACACGCUAGAGAUGUUACAGAGCCCAGCUGGGAGUUUUGGAUUCGCAGGGUUCGGGAACUCUUCUGGUUCCUAUAUGAACCAAAUGCAAACAGAUGACGUGUUGUUGAGAACCAAGGAAGAGCCUAAGGAUAACGCUUUCUGCGAUUCGUUCCUAUACUGAGAAUCAAAAUGAGUUUUGAUCAGUUUGUUAUGUUUGGUUGAUGUACGAUUGCUCAAAGCGUUUAGCUAUGUACAUGCUAGGACUCAUACAAAAGGAGUUAGUUAGUCUCAUUUGUUCAUUUGUUUCCAGGUCCUUUCCAAGGUUACAACAUUGACCAAUUCCCACUUUUUGCGUUAGAUUAGAUAAUGACAAUAGAAUGGAGAAACAGAGUCAACAGUUGAAAUUUGAAUGCUAGGUUCUUCUCUCUUUCUCUCAGUUUUUCUUUGUAAUAUCUCAAGAAAGAUUUCUAAUAAAUUACCAUUUCUAGGUGUUUGUUUUUGCCUUUCA